AUGAGCCCUGCUCUCUUUGUUCUAUCUUGUUCCCAAGGACCGAGGGACAAAGAAGUAAAAGUUGAAAAGACUGUUUUAAAAAUUCCGGGAAGGUUUCGCUCUCAUGGGACCAGAAUGCAUCUUCCUAAAGAGAACGGCUCGGACCGGUCGUUUUUUUCUCUGGGAACCCAAAUCGUGACCCCGCGCCAGGCCGAGGGGCGGCCGCUCGGCGCCCGGCGCUCACCUGUAGCCGCGUCCCCGUCCUCAGCGGAGCCGCCAGAGGGAGCUCGUACCCCGGAGGGUGAGAGACCCCCGAGCCGCCAAGUCCGCUUACCUCAGGCAGAUCCCCACGGGGGCUCGGCGCCGCACUGGGCCCCGAGGGAGGCGGAGGUGGAGAGUUACAGAAAACUGCUCUGCACCGAGAGUCACGGGGCUCCGGGCGCCCCCAGCGCUCUGGCAGGCGGCGGCCCCAGCUCGGUCUCCUCAGCCGCGCUCGGUCCCCGCGCCCCGCAGCGCCCGGACACGCCCGCCCUCAGGAAACGUCGGGCGCUCGCGGGGGCAACCCCUGACCCCGGGACAGAGACCCGCGGGCGGGGGGCGGUCUCAGUGGCGCCUCGUCCAGCUCAGCGCCCGCGUCCUCAGGAGGUGUUGUCGCCGCGGCAGCCGUUCUACUGUGCCAGCUCCAGCAGCGCGGCCCGGAUGGAGUCUCGGUCUGUCACCCAGGCUGGAGUGAAAUGGCAUGAUCUCGGCUCACUGCAACCUCUGCCUCCCUGGUUCAAGGGAUUCUCCUGCCUCAGCCUCCCGAGUAGCUGGGUUUACAGUUACUGGAAGACAAGUCCUGAGAGAACAAGCAAAGGAAACAUGCAGAGGAACGCUGCAGCCAGCGGUGCUGGCGUUCAUAUAGACUCUCUACCAGGCAUUGGAGUCACUUUCUACCUCAGAUUUAGGGCAUUCAGGAAUUGUAAAAACGAUGUUGAGAAAUACCAGUCUGCCAAGAAGUUUUUCUCUCUGCAGCUCAGCAAUGAGAAAAAGCUUGGAGAAUGCAUUCAUUCAACCCAUAAUUAAGUCUGUGUUGCAACUGCAUAUUUUUCAUGACUUAAAAGCAGGUAAAACUUCCAAUAAGUCAGUGUUGCAAUUUUGAAAAAUAAUGUAUAUGGGCUAGCAGUAAGUAAUUGUUUCCAAGUUUCUAGAACAGUUAAUCAAAUGUGAAAAUGAACACUUCCAUUAACAUUUACAAAAAGUAUAUUGAAUAGUGGAAAAUAUUACCCAUUGCUUUACUUGGAUCUAAGCCUUCUGCUCACUCUCUUCCAUUAGUUACUUGUCUUUUAGUUAUUUAAUUCCCAUAAUAAGUGCAGUGCUGUGGCCCGCAUUCUAAAUAAAGCACUUGUAUGUUUAUCUUUUGUAAACUUCAUUUAUUAGGAGCUCAACUUAUUUUUUUCCUCAUGGUUUUAAUUCUCAGUGAAGACUUUCUAAUUCUAGCAGUAAGUAAUCAAUCUUUACUCACAUGGUAAAUGAAGUAACUGAAAAGAAUAAACAUCUAACUGAGAUGCAAUCGGUAAAAAUUUGCUUUUGCUUAAUGACUUUUUAAAGUAUAAAAUACUUUUGUGUUUAUUUUUUCAAUUAUAUAAUAAUAAGUACAGAAAAGAUUGGGCAAAUAUUUCUGUUCUUACUAGACAAUUAGGACAGUUAGAACUGUAUGGUCACAGGAGAUGAAUAAAAUGCAAUUCAAGUAAUAUAUUUUCUUUUUACAGAGAUACAUGAUGUAGUAGCAAACGUAGACAGAAAAUGCAAGUUCAAAGUAUAAAAAAAGUUACUUUGUAAAUGUUAAAAAUGACUGUUUACAUAUUUUUUAAAUAGUUAUAGAUAA